GCUUGCUUACUACAACUAUGGCAGGAUAUAAAAUUAUCAACCUAUCCAUUCAUAUGUCUUAAUCCUCAAGUGGAGCUGUGGAGCAUCUUCUUUGCAAGCUUUAAUCCUGUUUUUUGCCUCACAGAUUUACUGCUCUUGACCAUUUCUUGAUCGAUAAACACUGCUUCACUCCAAACACUUCAGUAUCCAGUUCAGCGUUGACCUUAAGUAUCCAGUUGUGCAUCUUUACCGGUUUCCUGUGUCCAGCAUCUUCAAGACAGACUAAGCUAACUUUUUAUAUUUUUUGCACAUUUAUUAUUUAGGUUUAGACAGUACUGUUAUUGUAGGUUAGGAGUAGGUUAGAUUUAGUCUAGAGUAUUUAGUUUGUAUAGUUUAGCUUUUAAUGCUAGUGUAGGGACAGUUAAGUUGGCUAAUUAAUUUAGUUCAAGUCAUUUACAAUUGCAUAUUGUUGUUGUAAUAUUUUGUGAGUUAUUGUUGUACAAGCUAUUCUAUAUCGCAGGACCACGUGAGACGAGGAAAACCAGUGCAGGCCCGUGUGUGACCAAGAAGACCAGUGCAGGACCACGUGAGACGAGGAAGACCCGUGCAGGCCCGCUGACCGAGAAGACCAGGGCAUUAGUUUAACUGUUGCAAUUCCUCGUCUUGACACUACAAACUUCAGUGUUCAAGAUGCCGAGGAAGGGCAAGCGAUCCCAGGCUCAGAAAGUGCGUUGGAGAAAGCCUGAUGAGGAUGCACUCACCCCAACUCAUUCUCCAGCCUACAAGGUGCCACGUCUCUCUGAGUCUCCCCGGAGGAGAGAGGCAGGGCCUUCUUUCGGUGACUUUCUUCCUCGCCGUGGCACUGGUACACGCCAUCGUGUGAGGAAAUGGCCAGUUUCAGUCACGGGCUGCCAACACAAACUGGUCAUCCCAGCUGAGUCUCCUGAUAAGAAGUUUGUUCUUAUUGUAGGAGCGUCCCAUCUGCGCUCCAUUGCAGACGGGAUUGUGCCGAUGCCAGAGGGAAUGCUUUCCUUUGGUGUCAUGUCCACACCAGGGGCCUGUGCGUCCCACCUGAGGACCGAGUUACGCAACGCUGUCGUACCUCGGACCCCGGAUGCAGUCUGCAUCAUGGCCCCCAGCAACAACCUGACAGCCAGCCGGACCCCCCUUGAGGCAGGAGCUGAUUUCCUGAAGCUCCUGAAGAGUGCCGAUGGUCGUUGGCCCGGAAAGGUCUUUGUGUUGGACUUUGUGCCACGUCUGACUGUUGAUCCUUAUCUACAAGAGCUCUUUAGUCAAGAGUUCCAUAGAGUGGCAGCAGGAAUGCGUAUCAAGUACUACUCGUCUUCUCGCCACUUCCCUUUGGACAACUUGGACCUGUGGAGCCCAGAUGGUGUUCACUUGAGUGAUGGCGAAGGCAUGGUGGUCCUUGCUCAUUUGCUGUGGGCUGCAGCUUACGAGCAUCUGGAGGCACCUGUACUGAAACCGCAGGCCGCUCCCAGGACAUCAUUGCCUGUUCGUCACUUCACUCCAAGGGUCGUUGUGAGGGGAGAGGUCAUCGUGCCUCGCCCCUCUAACCCUUAUGAGUGGACCUCUGUGGAGAAGGGCAGGAAGAGGAACCUACCUGAGGAACCUGCACAGUCCUCUAGCGCACCCAAAAAGACGGAGGUUCAACAGCAGGAGUGCUUCAUACCGCUCAACCCAGUGAGGUUCAGCAGUUCCAUUUUGGCUGCCAUGGAUGCUGUUGUCCCUUCCCAUCUUCCGACCCCUGAACACUCCGACACUGCUGUUCCACAAGACAAAACGAAACCUGUUGUGGAACGCAGGCGGAAAGCUCCCAGGCCCACGCCUGCCAGUCAUUUGAGCGUGGCUGCUGCUGCUGCAGAGGCUCAGGUGACACCAUGCGUGGUGGACACAUCCCCAGAGCCAUCACUUGCCACAGCUGUGGAAGUGAUUGCCGCUGCUGCGGAGCCAUCACCUGUCACGGCUGUGGAAGUGGCUGCUGCUGCUGCUGCUGCGGAGACACCCAAAGCACAGACACCUCCACGGCCAAGAAGCUUCUGGAUAAUCGAUGAUGCACCCACCUGUUCCCGUUAUCCAACUACAAAGUGGAAACACGAAAAGGCUAUUUUGUCUGUGAGGGCAACCCAUUGUCAAAAUGAUGCCAGAUACAACACCUUCAGCAGAAAUCAUCAGUGCACCUGCAUGGCUCUUACAUUUCUGGCCUACCACAACGAGGGAUUACAGAUCAACACCACUUACCUUGACAGAGUACUUGAGCAGGGAGAUUUGCUCUAUGUUGGGAUCAAAAACCAGCUACUGUUGGAGAGGCGAUAUGUUGAUGACCACCUGACCGUUGAGGAAAUGCCACAGCAGGUUCUAACUGACACCAGUGUCUACAAUGUGCACAUGUCUUCAGUAAGAUGUGGAUACCUGAAGGCCCAAGAAGGAAACCUUGGUGGCUGGUUGACUCUGGAUGCACAGCUUCAGUCUCUGUCAACACAUCCAGUUGAGUGA